UCCCGGAUGUGAAUCUGCGCUGAAUAAUCUCUGCAAAGGUCUCCGACAGGACGUCAUAUUUUCGCUAAUUUUCUAUCUAUUUCGACGUCUGGUGUACCUGAAAAGGCAACGAAGUGAAAAUCCUGGUUGAUAUACACCCUGAUUAUUGUAAAUUCGACAGUGCCGUUAUAUCAUGAAAUAUUUUUUCGCUUGGGAAAAUUGAUAUUCUGACGUGUUUACAUCGGAAGGACUCCCUUUCCCUCUCUGAUAGAAUGGUAAAGGUCUUAUACGACUUCAGUUCGAGGUACUGGUAACAGUGAUGUUUCCAUGCAUCGGUCGCUGAGAAGAAGGCAACAAAAUCCACAAUGGCUGGAACCAUCAAGAAAUUAGAUGAGACAGUAGUCAACAGAAUAGCUGCUGGGGAAGUCAUUCAAAGACCGGCAAAUGCUCUCAAAGAAAUGAUAGAAAACAGCUUGGAUGCCAAGUCAACUUCCAUUCAAGUUACAGUCAAAUCAGGAGGAAUGAAACUACUUCAGAUACAAGACAAUGGGACUGGUAUAAGGAAAGAUGACAUGGACAUUGUAUGUGAAAGGUUUACAACAAGCAAGUUGAGAGAGUUCAAUGACCUUACAAGCAUCAGUACAUAUGGCUUCAGAGGAGAGGCAUUGGCUAGUAUCAGUCACGUUGCUCAUGUUACCAUAGUAACAAGAACAGAGGAUUCUAAAUGUGCUUACAAGGGAAGCUUCUGCGAUGGUAAGCUAAAGGCAGCAGUCAAGCCGUGUGCCGGUAACAGAGGAACACAAAUUACAGUGGAGGAUCUCUUCUACAAUGUCGCUACGAGAAGGAAAGCACUGAAGAGUGCAAGCGAGGAGCACAACAAGAUCUCAGAAGUCGUCUCCAGAUAUGCUAUUCAUAAUGCUGGUGUGGCCUUCACUCUUAAAAAGUCCGGGGAGAGCACGGCUGACGUGCGGACAUCCCAGAAUGCAUCUACAGUCGAUAACAUUCGAAGUGUCUUUGGUCCUUCGGUCGCGAGAGAACUUCUAGAAAUCAACCACAAGAAUAGCAAUUUGGCGUUCACUUUGACGGGUCAGAUCUCCAAUGCGAACUACUCGGUCAAGAGGCUCAUCUUUCUGUUGUUUAUCAAUCAUCGUUUAGUUGAUUCCAGUAGUCUUCGGAAGGCCAUAGAAGCAGUGUACAGUACGUACCUUCCCAAGAACACGCAUCCCUUCAUCUACUUCAGCCUUGAGAUUGCCCCUCAGAAUGUCGAUGUCAACGUCCAUCCCACCAAACACGAAGUCCACUUCCUCCAUGAGGAGGCUAUCAUCGAGGACAUUCAGAAAUGCCUGGAACAGAAACUCUUAGGAUGUAAUUCAUCAAGGACCUACUUCACCCAGGCAUUGUUACCCGGAUCAAACCUCUCCAUUGCUGAUGAUGGAGAUAAGUCCAAGGACACUUCAAAAGGUCCCAAAUCGAGCUCUUCGGACCAGGUCUACGCCCAUCACAUGGUCCGGACGGACUCCAAGGACCAGAAAUUAGAUGCCUUCCUCCAGGCAGCUCCUUCCACCAAGUCAUCAUCAUCCUCCUCAUCUGAAAAUCAUCCUGAUAAAGGUGUUGGUGAUAGGGGCGUGGUCACUGAUAGUGGUGCUGAUGGCAACGAGGGAGUUCAGCGACCAGUGGUGGAAAUCCCGUCUCCUGCUCUGCCCCAAAGAAGGAAUGAUGGUGACGGGCCAAGUUUGCCAAGGAAAAGGCCACAUUCAGAAGUGGGUAGUGAUGUUGAAGGUCCCCCAUCCAGGCCAGGACCCAGUGACAAGGACCAGGAACCGGAGUCUAGACAGUCCAAGCCUAAACGGAAAGAGAUCCAGCUCACCAGUGUCCUUGAGAUUCAGAAGGAGAUAGAAGCUAACGCACAUGAUGAUUUACGAGAUCUCGUGAAGCAGCAUACAUUUGUUGGAAUAGUAGAUGCAGAGUAUGCGUUGAUACAGCACAAAACCAAACUAUACCUGGUUAAUACCGUUAAACUCAGCCAAGAACUUUUCUACCAAUUAAUGUUAUAUGACUUCGGCAACUUUGGACUUAUGAGAUUAUCAAAUCCUGCACCAAUCUUUGAGUUAGCGAUGAUUGCCUUAGACACCGAGGACAGUGGAUGGAGCGAGAGCGAUGGCCCCAAGGAUCAGCUAGCCCAGUACAUAGUAGACUUCCUCAAGACCAAAGCGGAGAUGCUCAAUGACUAUUUCAGUGUUGAGAUUGAUGAGGAAGGGAAUCUAUGUGGCAUUCCUCUUGUGUUGGACAAGUACAUCCCAGACAUGGAAGGUCUCCCUAUGUUUAUCUUGAGACUAGCCACAGAGGUGGACUGGGACUCGGAAAAGGAAUGUUUUCAGACGUUCGCCAAGGAGUGCAGUCUAUUCUACAGAAUACAGAAGAACUCGAAGCUGGCAGAUACCAAAGGGGAAAAUGGCUCAAGCUCAGAUGAUGAUAUGCCUUCUUACAACUGGAGAUGGACCAUUGAGUUUGUCAUCUAUCCCGCCCUCAAGUCUACCCUGCUACCACCCAAGAGAUUUGCAGGAGAUGCUAGCAUCCUACAGGUGGCAAAUUUACCGGACCUCUACAAAGUCUUUGAGAGAUGUUAACAUAAACUUUGAAGAUGCAACUUCAGUUGAGCCUGAUUCCUCUUACCAAGUUUCCUGGAGAUACUAUUAUCCUCCCAAGCCUCCCUAGCCUAUCUACCAAAUCUCUUUAAGAUCUUUGAGAGACGUUAACAAAUACUCUUGAUGUAUUUUCAGUCUUCCCUCAUUCCUCUUUAGAGAUUUGCAGAAGAUUCAAGCAUUCCCCAGAUGGCCAAUCUGCGAA